AAAUUAUAACCAAACGGAUAUAAUCAUAUAACUAUCACCUCUGUUGUUUGAAUAACCUAAACCAGAACCUAAACGGCUAAACCUAAAACCUCAAAUCCAGGGGGGAGAGGUAGAAAAUUCGAAUCCCAAUCUAUUUAGAAUACCAUCGGCAUAGUAUAAUUGGUCGAUUCUUCUAUCUGAGGAGGGCCAAUCUUUUGUUAAAUGCUUUGUUUCACUCACAUGUCUUCUUCAAUACUCUCUGUUUUCUCUGGAAACUUUUCGAUUAAGUUUCCUCAUCAAUCCUUAAUUUUUCUUAUACACUUUCUUCUUUAUUUUUUACCCUAAAGAUUUUUAUCCCAAGUUUGAGAAGUUCUUGCAUUUACUUUCCAACAUGAGUGACCCCUCCCAGGUGUUAUUGUUUGGGUCAUUCACAGGAGAUGAAACUAGGUCUUUGCUGAAUCAGAAUUCUACCUGUUCAGAAAGGCCAGUGGGAAAUGCAGAACUGCAAGUCAGUUCCCGAAAGCUGGUGCCUGAAUUGACUUUCCGUAAUUUUAACGGCAUAUCUAACAUACAGUUUGGUUUCCCAAAUGGACCUGAAGAAGGUUCACAUCCCUCUGAAAGUUCAAAUUUCUCUGACAUCCAAAAAGGAAAUGAAGGCUUGACUACAAAAUUAGCAGAAGAUAAAGUAUCUAAAGAUCUAAAAGAAAAUGGAACUAUUGGGAAAUCCAUUCAUUCUUGUUGUAAUGGAAAUGAGGUAGUAAUCGAUGACAUCACCUUUACAGGAUUACGUGUAUCUGAGAAUGAGAAUGGGACAAGAAAAUCCCGUAGUUCAAUAUUGAAAGAUGAAGAGCCCCAUUGGAAGUUGAAAGGGAUUGCUAACAAUUCCUCAGUCGAAGCUCAAUCCGAGGCCCAUUUUAAGGUGGAUGGACCUGUUGUAGGUGUGAGAGAUUUACUACCUCGAGGCUUAAUCAACUCUGGAAAUUUAUGCUUCCUUAAUGCAACAUUACAAGCACUUUUGUCCUGUUCUCCAUUUGUUCAACUUCUACAGCAACUAAGAAAUCGUAAUAUUCCAAAGGUCGGCUAUCCAACAUUAACUGCAUUUGCCGAGUUCAUUGGUGACUUUGACGUGCCUAAGGGUUCCAGGAUGGACAGGAAAGAUGAUACUAUUGUUCUUGAAAUGGGCACUUCGAUCCGUCCCAUGAUGUUCGAACUUGUGCUGAAGAACUUUACUCCUGAUGUGGCCAGCAGCAUUUCAGGAAGGCCAAGACAAGAAGAUGCACAAGAAUUUUUAAGUUUCAUCAUGCAUCAAAUGCAUGAUGAAUUGCUGAAGCUUGAGGGCCAACAUAACUUGAAUGGGAAAAAAUCAUCUCUUGUUUCUACAGCUGAGGAUGAUGAGUGGGAGACAGUUGGCCCGAAGAAUAAAUCUGCUGUUACAAGAACACAAAAUUUUGCUCCCUCAGAGCUCAGUUCAAUUUUUGGGGGACAAUUGCGAAGCAUAGUCAAGGCAAGAGGAAACAAAGCCUCUGCCACAGUUCAGCCAUUUCUUUUGCUCCAUUUAGACAUUUCCCAUGAAGCUGUUCAUACCAUUGAAGAUGCUCUUCGCUUAUUUUCUGCCCCGGAAACACUUGAAGAGUACUGGACAUCAUCAACAAAGGGAAAGGCUGGAGUUGUAACUGCCAGAAAAUCUAUCAACAUACAAUCACUUCCCAAGAUAAUGAUAUUACAUCUGAUGCGUUUUGGUUAUGGAAGCUCUGGAAGCAUCAAGUUACACAAAUCAGUGCACUUUCCUCCUGUACUAGUGCUAACCCGUGAUCUACUUGUUUCCCCUACCACUGAGGGCCGAAGAUAUGGACUUGUAUCGACCAUAAGCCACCAUGGCAGGGAAGCCUCAAGAGGGCAUUAUACAGCUGAUGCUCUUUACCCUAAUGGGCAGUGGUUACGGUAUGAUGACGCAUCAGUUACUGCCAUUAGCACCAACAAAGUGUUGCACGACGAGGCUUAUGUUCUCUUUUAUAAACAAUUAUGAAGACAAGAAAUUUCAUCCCGAAAUUCUCUUGAGCGAUCGUGGCGUUAACAUGAACAGUUUGGAGAGACAAUUUAAGUGGAAUGGUUUCAACAAACCAAUUUUGCCUCCCUCAAGUAGAGUUCCUCCGAAUCUGAAUGUCCUUAUCGGUCAGGAGCUGCUGUAUCGGUUGGGGCUGGCAACUGAGGAUCUAUGGGAAUUUUGUCAUUUUUGUUGUUCUAUCAUUUUUAUGUUAUGCUAUUUUUGACUGUUCAAACGUUCUUGGUAACUGGCAAUACUGAUGUGAAUAUUGGGCCUUUUGUAUUAUAAAUUUAUGCUAUCAUGCAAGUUUGUGAAAAAAGAUAUAUUGUAAGAUAUUAGGGAGUGUUGUCACUGUCAUAAACAGGAUAGAAAUCAUUUUUCCAUUCUCCAAGGCACUUAUAUCUGAAACUCAAGGGAUUGGCAUGAUC